AUGGCGUCUAUGCACAAUUUUUCGAACAUAGAUAAACUAAAUGACAAAAAUUAUGGUUUGUGGAAAGUGCAUAUGAAAAGCGUUCUCGUGAACAACGAUUUAUGGUCAGUCAAAACGGAACAAAACGAGGUAGAAUGGACAAGGAAAAAUGUAAAGGCACUUGCAUUAAUUAAUAUAAGUAUAACACAAGGUCAAUUCAUAUAUGUAAAAAAGGCUAAUACAUCAAAAGAGGCAUGGCAGAAAUUAGAAGAUGCGUUUGAAUCAAAAGGUCCCAUGAGAAGAACGACGCCAAACAAGGAGUGUGUUCCUAUGCAGAAACAAACGAAUACAAACAUGACGCAAUACGUGAACGAAUACGAGCACAAAGCCGAACAAAUUCAAGCGGCAGGCAUAACACAAAAGAAGAAAACAUAGAAGAGGAAGUAGGGAAAUAUCAAGAUACACAAGGAGAAGAAGCGAAAUGCGAAGAGACAGACGAAACACCGGUAUUUAGAAAUGAACGUUUUCAGCGGAUGUGGAAGAUCAAAAAUGUUAAGGACCGGAAAGAAGCAAGAAAACUUUUCCAAUUAAAAGAAUCGUGUCCAUAUAACGUAAAUGAAAUAUUGGAAAGGGAAAUUUCUGAUUUAUAACUGAGUGCAAUGAAUAUUGAAUAUGAAAUAUUGUGCAGAAAUAAAAUGUGGGUACUCGUUUCGAGACCGAAAAACAAGAAAGUUCACACUAUUCGAUUGGUGUUCAAAAUAAAACAAAACGAAAACGGUUCUGUAAAUAAGUGCAAAGCAAGAUAAGUCGUAAGAGGAAAUACACAACGUAAAGGAAUAGUCGAAAAAGUUUUCGCACAUGUUGCACGGUAUGAAUUAAUAAGAACAUUGUUGGCAGAAGCUGUAAAUUGUGAAAUGUACGUACAUCUCGUGGAUGCCAUAUCAGCAUAUGUUCAAGCAGAUAUAGCCGACGAAGUAUAUAUGAAACAGCCCGAAUUAUUUGUGAAGUUAGGAGAAGAAAAAAAAGGUUUGUAAGUUACGAAAAACCAUUGUAUUGACUGAAACAAUCUGGAUGGAACAAAAGUGAAACAAAAAGAUAAAUAAUUAUGUUUUAAAGAAAGGAGCCUAUAGCACAGAAGCAGAUCUCGGUGUACAUGUUUUUGGGAAAAAUGAAAAAAGGAUUAUAAUGAUUAUUUAUGCAGGUAAUAUAAUAUUAGUUUCAGAAAGUUUAGAAAAAUUAAAUGAAAUAAAAUAUUAAAGGCAGAAUUAGAAUGA